CAUAAAAAACAAUUCUGUGGUAACUUAAUUUAGACAAAUAUAUUAUAUAUGUGAAGUGGUGGUGACAGAGCUUUUCAGAGAUAGUUUACAAAUCUUCACUUGGUAUUUGUAUCCAGUAUUAUAUAUUUGUAAGUCCAGCGUCUAAACAUGGCCGAGAUAAGAAAGCGAUGGUGGGUUUGGCUGGUGGAAGUCAUCUUCCUUCUAGUUGUGGCUACUGAUUUAACCUGCCUUAUGUAUGGAAAGUAUGACCUUGGUCAACCUCUAGAUGAUAAACAAAAAGAUUUAUCAAUCGUUAAAGUCAAAAACCAGUUUUACAAGUAUCUAGAGGAUACCAACAAAUUUAUCACUGUUGACAACGUAAUUUUUGGUAAUGAGCUGACAACCGAUGAGACAAAAGAAGUCAAAAUGUCUUUAAAGAUAUGUACCAUCACACUCGCUUCUGUGGUCACAAUAUGGAUUCUCAGUUUUGUUGCCCCAAUGCUCAGCUUUAUCUUCAUGCAAAUUUGGGUGCUGUAUGCCGGCUUCUGGGCAGAUGAUUACGUGGAAAAAGCUGUUGUGGUGUUGCAGUACAUUCAAGUUCGCCUCCCAAUGUAUGCAUUUCAAUCCCUGGAGCCUGAUGAUAUGAUAUGGUCUGAAGGAUUACUUUUUUGGUGGUGGGAGAUCAAGGUAACUUUCAUCUACGCUGCUUCUACGUUUUCCAUAUAUAGCUAUUUACGUAGAAGUCUUCACUCCUGCACUCCACAAGACGUAGAACCUGGCUUCACAGAUGUAAGGACCUCUCCACAUGAUGUGGAGUUUGGCCCUACACUGAAUGAGGUCAGGACUCCCCUCAACACCAGAGCACAAAGGUUCCUGUUCAUCUUACAUCGGCUAUUCGUUGCCCAUCUAUCAAUGCGAGGAUCUACAAGUAUGACUACCAAUUAUCUGGCACCACAGUUACCAGGCCAGGUGGCACCACAACCCUCAUGUGGUCUUCUAUGGCAGGUUCUUCAAUCCUAUGCCUCCCAUGCACGGUCUCAACCACCACCUGCCAGACAAGCUCUCCAGGUGUGAUGAGCUUUAAGGAUCAUUUUAAUUUUAAGGAUUGUUUUAUUUCUUUAGGAUCAUUUUUGUUUUUAUUUUUGGUGAGACAUUUUGAACAAUAUUUGAUUUUGGACGAAGAACAGUAUUUUUUGUAAGGAAUAUUAAGUAUAAUUAUUUUUUAGGAUCAUUUUUAUUUUUAUUUUUGGCGAGACAUUUUGAGCAAUAUUUCAUUUUGGAUGAAGAACAGUAAUUUUUUGUAAGGAAUAUUAAGUAUAAUUUUAUUUUAUUUGGUACGGAAUCAUUGUAUCAGUAUAACAUGUCAGCUGGAGCGGAAAUUAGGGAAGUUCAGCAAGAGAGAAAUAUUUGUACUGAUCUAUCGUCGGCUAAAUUAGUUGACGAUAGAUCAGUACGUCCUAAAUUACAAUCCGACUCGGCUUGUAAUUUUGGAAGUGAGUCAAGCUUGAAGGUUUUGGAGAGUGAGUAGAAUGAAAGUAGAGAUAUGGUUAUGCCAAUGUGGAGAAAAUGCUACAACACCAGAGAGAUGGUCAUACUUUAUGACCAAUACGAGGCUUAACGCUUGGCUUUUAUUUUUUUUUAUAUUAUUAACACAUCGGCCGCUUCCCACCAAGGCAGGGUGGCCCAAAAAAAAAAAUCACUUUCACCGUCAUUCACUCCAUCACUGUCUUGCCACAGGCGUGCUUACACUACAGUUAUAAAACUGCAACAUUAACACCCCACCUUGUCUUUUAACAUACUACUACUACUACU